AUGUGUGGUAUCUUACUAAGAUUCUCAAGAUCUAGUAAUCUGGAAAUAGAUAAUGACUAUACCUUUCAGAGUGCAAAGCAACUCGUCUCAGAAAGAGGAACGGAUUAUCAAAAUCUUAUCCAUAUACCUGCAAACAAUGGAGUUGCAUCGUUAUACUCCAGCGUGCUAUCCAUUAGAAGCCCUUUCACCCAGCAGCCACUCCGAUCCGAACUGUACACUGUUCAGUUUAAUGGAGAGCUUUACAACAAAGAAACCAGGGAUAAGAAUGACGGCCAUUGGAUUCUUGAACUGCUGAAUGAUUAUGAUGACAUAUUCAAAGUGGUUGGAACUUUGGAAGGCGAGUUUGCAUACACGAUAUUAGCUCACAGGGAAAACAAAAUAUAUUUUGGCAAGGAUCAACUGGGCAAGAAAUCAUUGGCAUACACCGUGAUUGACGGCACCCUGUAUAUAUCCAGUUGUAUUCCCGAUGUGCCAACUAGAACAUCUUUUCAUGAAUGCAAGAACCUGAGCAUGUAUAUUUUCGAUAUGGAGACAUCUGAAAUUGUAGUCUUGCCUUUCAAAGACAAUGAUUAUUUUCCUAAGGAGUAUUCGGUUUCUGAUGUGAGGGAUAUUGAAAUAUAUCAGCCCUUGAUUUCUCAGAUCGUAGAAUCAUUGACUAGUGCAGUGUGUACCAGAACCAACAACAUCCACACAUUAAAUACAAGUAUCGCAAAGUAUGCAAUAUUGUUUAGUGGAGGCAUUGACUGUUCUAUUUUGGCUUCCCUAGCAGCAAAAACCUCACCUGCGGGAACAAUCAUCGAUUUACUGAACGUAUCAUUCUACAACCCAAGAACGAAGACUUUACCACAAAAUACACCAGAUAGAAAGUUAGGUAUACAAAAUUGGGAGAAUCUACGUAAAAUGUACCCUAGUAUUCGAUUUCAGCUUGUAGAAGUCGACGUUACCUAUGAGGAAUACAUGGACCACAAGGAGAAAGUGAAACAAUUGAUAUACCCUAAUGAUACAGAAAUGGAUCUUUCAAUUGCCAUUGCGUUCUAUUUUGCAUCAAGAGGUAAAGGAUUCUCCAGAAUCAAUGCAAAUGAAAAAAUACCUUAUGAAAGUACUUGUAAAGUUCUGUUAAGCGGCUUGGGUGCAGACGAGCUGUUUGGUGGCUACACUAGACAUGAACGAUUCUUCACUCCUAUCAGUAAUAUUAGAAAGAAACAAGACAAGUCUACGGUGCCUGAAACAGUUGAUGCCAACUUAUACCACCUUCUUCAACAAGAGCUACAGAAGGAUUUAUCGAACUUGUGGAUUCGUAACCUUUCCAGAGACGAUAAGGUGAUUGCAUGUUGGUCAAAGGAAGUUCGGUACCCAUUUUUGGACACACACUUUAUCAACUAUGCCACAUCUGUUCCUUUAAGCUUAAAAUUGCAUUAUGAUCCUCAAUCUGGUGAUAUUACCAGAAAGUGGACCUUGAGACACGUAGCUGACCAACUGGACAUGGGUUGGGUCAGUAAUGAGGCCAAGAGAGCUAUUCAAUUUGGUGCCAAAAGUGCUAAAAUGGAAGCUGGUUCUGGUAAAAUGAAAGGAACUGACAAACUAGCCUAG